AUGCCAAAAAUAUUGAUGUGUCUCGCAAUACUGGCUGUUGUGGCUAUGGUAGAGUCAAGACCAUCAAGCGAUAUAGAAAAAGUUCCGUGUGUAGGAUGUAAUCCGCCAGAGAAUAUAACCCGAACGAAACGGUGUUUGAGAGAUAUUAUUCUUGGAAUGAGACAUUUCGUGGACAAUUUAAUAUUUGGCCGAGAUCUGUCAAGUAAACCAAAAAUUAUUCAAAUUGGAAACGGAUAUCGUAAUAAUAAUAAAGUGUAUAUCUCAAGCCCGGAUGGUCUUUAUAAUUAUGAGCCUCACGGAACUGAUCAGCGCUAUUCAGAUUUUUCA